AUGUCUGUUACACGAUCCUCUGACCGUUGGUUUGUCACUCAUUACCACUCUCUUAGGUUGUCAACUGCCGUCGAGCUAACUGUCGACACCGACGAAACCGUCGUCGACUUUGCCACUGCCGACAAGGGGACUGAGAGUCAUCGCGAUCAGACCUUCCAUGACAGCGAGAAGGCAACCGAGAACUAUUCCGACGCGUAG